CUACCAAGCCACUUAUCAAAGUAUAACCAGGAGGUUCGCCAUGAGACGAGAACAAUUAAUUGUCAGUGCGGAAAAUUCACAGUCGUGUUCAACAAUAUAAUGUUGUGUUUGAGAAUGACGAAAACCUCGUCGAGGUGCCAUGAUGUUUCCUUUAGGUUUCGGUUCGGAUAAGUAAGUUUGACCUAAAUCUUGAAAGUACCUAGGCAUUUAAUCCCUUUUCCUAGAGACUUCCUUGGUUUAGAUCCAAUUUCCUUAGCUGAAAGAAACCAUUAGAAAACCUCAUCGGUGCUUUACCGUGUGUGAUAAUGUUCAUUCUUCUUCAUGCUUUGUCCGCCGACGCUGUCUCCAAGCUCUCGUUCAGUGCAGGUUUAUGAUUAGGAACAUGAAACAUCGUGCCUGGCGCGUCAAGACGGAGGCGGAGGAGUGCGACAGCCGCUCGGACAACCCUCCUGCAGGAGGACCACAGUGUGGCUUCAGCGCCGCGGGCCCAGGGCAGGACGACUCGGACGGUGCCUGGCGCGUCAAGACGGAGGCAGAGGAGUGCGGCAGUGGACGCAGCGCCGCGACCUCGGGGCCAGGCGGCAAGGACGGGUCGGAGGCUGAGGAGCCGUGGCUGCACAUCGACGCCACCUUCUCGCUCGCCUCUGGAGUCGGCCACGCCAAGCAGGACUCCGCGGCCAGCGGCACGGCUGGGGACGGAGGGGCGGACCGCGCUGUCGCCUCGCAGUGUGCGGAGCGUGGAGCGGCCUUGGAUGCCGAGGCGGGCCUGGAGAAGCACCUCGCAGCGCGCGGCAAGCGGCACGCCUGCCAACACUGCGGCAAGGACUUCAAGUGGGCGUCCAGUCUUGAAGAGCAUUCAAGAACCCACACUGGGGAGAAGCCUUUCCAGUGCAAAAUGUGUGGGAAGAAGUUUGCGUUCUCAGGCGCAUUGACCAGGCAUGAAAGGAUCCACACUGGGGAGAAGCCUUUCCAUUGUGAAGUUUGUGGAAAGAAGUUUGCAAAUUCAUCCAAUUUCGUCGAGCAUGCAAGGAUCCACACUGGGGAGAAGCCAUUCCAUUGUGCAGCUUGUGGAAAGAAGUUUGCGCAGUCUUCCCAUCUCGUCGCCCACGCGAGGAGGCACACUGGGGCGAAGCCUCUUCAGUGUUAAGCGUGUGGAAAGAUGUUCUCUUCACUCUGACUCUUUAAACGUUCAUACUGACAAAGCCUUUUUAGUGCAAUCUUUGUGCAAAAACGUCUUUUCUCUCUCCAGUUUCUUAAGACACUAGUUACAAUCAAAAUACCCUACUAUUGUAAAAUUUGUGCUAUGGUGUUAUCAUGAUCAUGACUGACAGUUUUGUGUUGUCCAUUGUUAUCGGUAGUUGCCCACAAUUUUGUACCGAGCGGGACGGCGAAGAUAAAUCGUUUAGUCAGCCAUCUAAUUUUUUUCCUGAGCGGAACAGAUCUCAGUAAUAAUUUUGAGUUUCAGAAGGGUAUUUCAUGCCGAAAAUCUCGUCGAGUUGUCAUAAUGUUCUCGUCUUCCUUAAUUUCAAACAAGUAAUCUUGAUCUUAACAUUGAAAGCACCUAGGCAUGUAAACACUAUUCCUACAUACUUCCUUGUGUUAUUCUCAAUUUCCUCAGAUGAUCAUUAUAUUGGGAAACCCAAUCGCUGUUUUCACGUCCAUUUUUUUAAAUUUAUCAAAGCCGUGUCUUUUGAAUAAUUGUUUUGUGAAGGAUUUGCGUCUAUGAUUCUGAGAUUAAAACAUUGUGCAAUGAAACGGUAGUUUGCGACGUCAAAUAUGCUUUCUAUCAAUUAUGUAUAGUGUCUCUGUGUCCUCAGCAUGUACUUUCCAGUUUGCAUGUAACAUACGUAGUUCCUUUGUUUGGCUCGCGUUUCUAGUGUGGUGGUUGGUGUUGGUUUGGCAAGGCCCGCUGGCUGCAGUCGCUGACGGUGUGCUGCUUGCAGGUGCCUGGCGCGUCGGAACGGAGGCAGAGCAGUGCGGCAGCGCUCUACCUGGAACACAGUGGCGUGGAUGGAGCUCUCCGGGACCAGGACAGGACGACGACGACGCGCACGGUGAGUGUCUAGCUUCACACGCUCAUCAUCUUCCGUACGAUCUUGUUCUUAUUGCGAUGAUUUGUGAAUGGUGAAGUACGUUGGAACUUUCCCGUACGUCAUUGGCACAGAUGUCAUAUGGUUUGGAUGAUUUUACCGUACUACGCGUGUUUCGGUAAGGUUAAAUACCAACUGUGGGUUACUUUUUUGAAAAUGCAUACUAUUUUAAACCAAAAGGCAAAGUAGGUUUGAAGCGUGUGACUUAUAGUCCUUCACCGAUUAUACACCUU